AUGGCGAGGCCAGAACAUGUCCUAAACGUCAUGCGACCCUUUCCUGACCUCAAACGACAUCUGUUAUUGAUACUCCACACCUUACGAUGCGUAUCCUACGCACGCAUCAUACAUGGCCGCUUGCGUGCUACCGCAUACACCACGAUCCUCACUCUUACAGGCGUCCGCAUACUCUGGAUACACAGUAUUCAAGUCGAUGUCGGUGGUCGUCUCUCGCUAUGGCUCGUGGGCUACAUCGCACUGUGGCUUGCUCGUAGCUCGCAAGGACAGCGCUCGGUAAAUGUUCCAUAUUUCUCAAAGCAACGCGCAGGCUUGCCCUCGUCCCAUGCCCUGCAAUCACUAUGCAUCGGGCGCAGGGCACGAGCAUGCCAACCUUUCGACAACGCCACAGACACGUCGGUUGCCUCUCCAUAUUAUCGUGACGACGGACGUCAAGCCUCACCUCAGAUACUCCGAAUAGAGUCUCAAGCCAUUCAGCCCACUCAUGCCAAGCAUUUCCCACAGGACAGUGUCCACGACAUGGUGGCAGCUGAUCGCGGACUUACCGGGGUUAAAGGGGGAGACCUUCGGGAGGUCGAAGGGCUUGACUCCACGAAUGCCGAUCCCGUCGAAGCUUGCGGCGAUUUUGCUGAUGCUUUCUGCCAGAGACGAGCCCGGUGCAGGUAA